UUUCCGUCCAAGCAACUGCCAUUGCCAGUCUCUGCCUUUCUUUUUUCCCCGUUUGAUAUAUGCUUGCUUGUCACCACCACACAGACACUCUCUUUCAAACCGCUGCCCCAGGAUUCCCCAACAUACCACCAUCUUGGCAUCUAAACCUCGGACCUCAAUACUUCUGAUAAAGUUUCACGAUUCAAUGCGCCCGCACUUGACCAAAGUCAACGCAUGAAAUUGAGGCUGUUUAUUCGAAUCAACCAUCUAUUUUUGCACACUUCUUAAAUACCAUCAAGCCGCCGGAUCGCAGGCGAGAUGGCAUCGUUACUUCAACCACCCGUCAACCGCGAGGAUAUCGUCAGUACCAUCCUGAACGACUAUUUUGCCAUGGACGACGAGCUGGAUUAUAUCGAUGACGUGUCGCCUGUGUUGUACAGCGCAGAGCCGCCACCGCCAGAACACGGUCAACCCUUUCUGCCAUCGGGUCUGGAAGGGAAAUCCAAACCGAUGCUGGGCCUUCUUCACCUGAGAGUUGACAAGAACCGCCCGUCUUCACCCGCAAGCAUACCCUUCCGUGCCAUAUCGCGAUCCUCGAAACCCGCUUCGCUGAAACUCAGGUCAUCAAACGGCACCACCGCCACCACCAUCUUGCCAUCUUCAGAUCUUCCCUUUGAGACUGUCGACAUAGGCCCCGCCAACAACCCUGCCCAAGAUUUACCACAGCGAGGACGUUCAUCUAGCCGUGUUGGCAGCGGAGAACGCGCAAACGCAGACAGGGACCUCCCGCCGCCAGUCCCACCCAAGGCCCCAAGUAGGAACCAAGUAGGGACAAGCGAAGUGGGCCUGGUGCAGACGUUGGACGAGAUGGGGAACAAACUGUCCAAGACAGCGUCACUGAAGAGCAGUAGCGCUGUCGGCGAUGACUCGAUGGCAUCGCAGAGCGUGUCAAGCCAACUCAAGUCUGUGCUGAAAACACGCCCCGGCACCUCUGCUGGACGCCCAACGCUGGCAGAUACCAUGGCCAGAGGUCUGCGGAGGCAAAAACCGGAACAGAAACCUGCGCGGUCGAGCUUGCUCUCGGACAUCAGCAACCGAAUCACGUCUGGACAGAGUGCGACACAACCGGCUGUGGGUACAGUCAAGUCUACCUCGACUGGGAUAUCGAGAGAUACCGCUCCGUCGGUGGCACGUACUGAGAACACCGAUCAGACCGUCAUACAUCACAAGUCAAGCCCGGAUCAUCAACGCGAGCCGUCCCUGUCUGCGGGUAGCGAUAGCGCUGCUGAAGACUAUGUUCCGCCUUCGCCUCCCACGCCCGUCCUGCCCGCUGCAAUUUCACUCGGUGAAGACACGUCAUCCGACUAUGGCGUGUCAUGUCCGAGAUCUACUGGUGCAGACACGCCGCCGGGUGAUGCAGAGAGCAUACGACAGGGGAUGCAUUCACGGGGCAAGAGUAGCACCGGCCUCGACAUUUUUAGGAAAACAUCCGCAUUAAACAGUGCACAAGCGUACCUCAAUAAAAUCACUCCAUCACCCUCUAUAUCGCCGUCGUCGUCGCCCAACGACAUCUUACCCCCUCGCACACUCCAUCUGUCGCCGUCUCAUCCUGUGCUCUCCCCGUCGCCGUCUCCACGUCAAACACGACAGAACUACUCCUCUCAAGCCACCACGAUCGGCGCACGCACCUCCACGUUUCCGAAUUUGUCCUCACUCAACGCUUCUCGACCUGCCACCACUACCGCGCCUCCACUCACAGCCUUACACGUAAACUGCUUCCACCAACACGCAAAGUUUCAUAUUAGCAGAAAUACGUACGCACCCGUGCCAUGUAUGUUAUGUUAUUCCGAGGGCAUCGAGGAGAGAUAUUCAUGCGCAUGGUGUGCGCUCCGCAUCUGUCGUUCAUGUAGGGGUGACCUGGAGAGCGUAAGAGGCCGAGAUCUUGGUAUAUUUGUCAUGGAGGGCACUGCCCGCUUGUCGAAGAAUGGCACGACUCCCAGAACUAACAAGACUGGAAAGAGUGGACACAGCGGAAAGAGUGGGAGCAGCCUGGGGAUGGGAAUGAGGUUGGGAGUGAGGAAUGGCAACAGGAGACAAAGUCAGGGUGGGACGAUGGGUUGAGAUGCCUGUAAGAGAACAGUAGAGGCUGAAGAAAAGGACCUAGGAGAGGCUUUACAGUCUGUGGGUGUGCAGGUGGCCGACAAUUAUCGCCAAACUAACUCAAAGAUGAUCAAAAGCGCCGCAUUCGCGCUCGCAGCGCAACGGGGAUGCAGGACUGGGAACGAAGCAACACCAUUUUUACCAUUAGAAAAAUCCGCCACGCGGAGUGUACAGUAUGGACGACAACGACGACGACACGAAUCUGAGCGUUUCUAGGCGGCGACCUAUGUGGAGUUUUUUGCGCUUUGAGAAGAGCGAGGCUGUUGUAAUGUAGACCAUUACUAG